GAUCUUUGUAGGGAGACCUAUCUCUGGCUUGUUGGAAUUUUGCUUGUUGCACCGAUAGUAAUCUUUCUUGUCUGCUGUAUCUGGGAGCUCUGGGAUAAUCAUACAUCCCUUAGCUUACAGAUCGCCUAUGCGCAUGCAUGAGUAUGAGUUACGGAAACUUCGUUUGAUGAUAUCCACAUGUGUUUGUUUUUGGGAUCGCGCUUCUUUCUUUUUCCUCGCCCCAGUAUUUGAAAGUAACCAGAACUUUCAAACUAUCUACCUCAGGCGGUACCCUGUUUAUAUUGUUUAUGUCUCCCCCACCUUUUCUUGCGGAGCAUUAUAUCUUCCUAUCUCCCGGGCGGACCCGGACCGGUGGGUGGUAAAGGAUACAGAAAAAACGGAGUUCGUCAGGUGUGUUUCUGUUUAUUUUCUCUCCCAUCUCAUGUUCUACUUACUAGUCAAGAACAUGAGAGAACAAAAAGCAAAUACUAAAGGAAUGUUCUUUUCACUCUCCCCUGGGACUACUCAUACUCUCAAAAAGAAAACCGGGCGUCUUCCAAAUUCUACCCGCGCCAGUUUUUCUUUUUUUGUGUCUUCUUUUCUAGCUAGAUUUCCGUCAUUUAUACCUUCCAAGUCUAGCUGUGUGGAAAUCAAAUCACGUCCAAGUCCCAUCGAUUUUGUCUUUCCCCGUGCACUACGCACGUUAAGCGUAGACUAGGCCUUCUAUAAACAUACUUAAGGUCAGAUGGAGAUUAUCUAUCUGGUCGACUCUUUUUUUUUAAGUAGCAGUCGGUCGAAGUUGGAUUCUUUUUUCACGCUUUGCGCAAUACUUCACUUCCCUUGGCAACUUUGCGUUUUAGAGAAGUAUCCGUAUAAGAAGAGAAAUAAAUGCUAGGUCCGCGGGAAAUCAAGCAGCAGAGUUAUACCACCG